AUGUUCAGCUACCUCCAGAAACGCUUCAGCAGCCACCUGAGAGAACGCAGCCGGCGAAGAGCGAGGCUGGUCUCCAAAGAUGGAAGGUGCAACAUCGAGUUUGGCAACGUCGAACAGUCAAGGUUUGUCUUUUUGAUUGAUAUAUGGACAACUAUCCUGGAUCUCAAGUGGAGGUACAAAAUGACCAUCUUCAUUUCAGCCUUCUUAGGCAGCUGGUUUCUGUUUGGUCUCCUCUGGUACGCUGUGGCUUACGUACACAAAGACCUUCCAGAGUUCAAUCCUUCCACAAAUCACACUCCCUGCGUGGAGAACAUCAACGGCCUGACUUCAGCUUUCCUCUUCUCCUUGGAGACCCAGGUCACCAUUGGUUAUGGCUUCAGGUGUGUCACAGAGCAAUGUGCCACUGCCAUCUUCCUGCUCAUCUUCCAGUCCAUCUUAGGGGUGAUCAUCAAUUCUUUCAUGUGCGGUGCCAUCUUAGCCAAGAUCUCCAGAUCCAAAAACAGGGCUAAGACCAUCACCUUCAGCAAGAACGCUGUCAUCAGCAAACGUGGAGGGAAGCUCUGCCUCCUUAUCCGAGUGGCAAACCUCAGGAAGAGCCUCCUGAUUGGGAGUCACAUCUAUGGGAAACUUCUCAAGACCACCAUCACCCCAGAAGGAGAGACAAUCAUUUUGGACCAGGUCAACAUAGAGUUUGUGGUUGAUGCUGGCAACGAGAAUCUCUUCUUUAUCUCCCCGCUGACUAUUUAUCACGUCAUAGAUAAGAGCAGCCCCUUCUUCCACAUGGCAGCAGAAACCAUUCUGCAGCAGGAUUUUGAACUGGUGGUGUUUUUGGAUGGGACUGUUGAAGCAACAAGUGCUACCUGCCAAGUGAGGACAUCCUACAUCCCAGAAGAAGUACUCUGGGGUUAUCGUUUCGCCCCCAUUGUGUCCAAGACCAAAGAAGGGAAAUACAGAGUAGACUUCCAGAACUUCAGCAAGACAGUAGCUGUGGAGACACCUCACUGUGCCUUCUGCCUCUACAACGAGAAAGAAGCUAAAGCCAAAGAGAAGAAAGGUUAUGACAACCCUGGUUUUGUCUUAUCGGAGGUUAGUGAAACCAGUGACACCAAAAUGUAG